AUGCCUCCUAAAUUCUCUUCAGAUUACUACUUUUUAUUUUUGGAACAGUAUUACCUUUUACAUGAUAGUUUUAACCUUAACACUCGAAGAGUUGUAAAUUUUCGAGUAAACCAAGGUGUAAAUAUCUAUCUUUAUGACCGGGAAGGUCAAAUCUUAUACUAUUAUAGCUUUUCUGUAAGACAAAUGUGUGAAGAUAUAGGAAUCUCACAUCUUACUUUGAGCAAAUAUCUAGAUAAGGAUGGAGCCUUCUACCUUAAUUCCUUUAGGCUAACCAAAACUGCAAUAGAGGGUGCUAAACCCUCUUAUCUAACUGCAGAAGAAUUAGCUGACAUGUUACUUCAAAAAAAGAAGGAGUACUUUAAAAAUAAUUUAUUAAUAGGGGGAAAUAAAAAUGAUUCGAGCCAACCCCUUAUAAUACAAGAAGUUAGCUCUGGAAUUGUCCUUAAUUUCCCUUCGGGGGACCCCACAACAUAG